AUGUCAGAAUUACAGAUAUCCGAAAGAACAAACAACGAAGAAAAAGCCAUUGAAUCACAAAGAGAGCCUAUUUUAGAAGAGUCUAGCAACCGAUUCGUGAUUUUCCCGAUUGAAUAUUACGAUAUUUGGGCGUCUUAUAAGAAUGCAGUAGCGAGCUUUUGGACAGUCGAGGAAGUUGAUUUGAGCGCCGACUUAGCCGACUGGGAGAAGUUAAAUGAGAAGGAAAGACACUUCAUUAAGUAUGUUUUGGCCUUCUUUGCUGCUUCAGAUGGAAUUGUGAAUGAAAACUUGGUCGAGCGAUUUGCCUCAGAGGUGCAGAUUAGUGAAGCACGUUGUUUCUAUGGGUUCCAAAUCAUGAUUGAGAACAUUCAUGCUGAAAUGUACUCUUUGCUUAUUGAUACGUACAUUAAGGAUACAGAGGAAAAGAACUUCUUAUUCCAGGCAAUGGAUAACAUUCCGGUGAUUAAGAAGAAGGCGGAUUGGGCUUUAAGAUGGAUUUCAGACAAGGAAGCAACCUUUGCCGAACGACUUGUAGCUUUUGCUUGUGUAGAAGGUAUCUUCUUCUCGGGGUCGUUUGCUUCAAUCUUUUGGUUGAAGAAGCGAGGACUAAUGCCUGGACUGACCUUUUCUAAUGAGCUGAUUAGUCGAGAUGAAGGUUUGCAUUGUGAUUUUGCCUGUUUGCUUCACUCACAUCUGAACAACAAGUGCCGGUACAUAAAAAAGAUAGUCUCUGAGGCUGUAGAGAUAGAAAAGGAGUUCCUCACUGACGCCCUUCCGGUUUCCCUCAUUGGAAUUAAUGCUGACACUAUGGGGCAAUACAUCGAGUUUGUAGCUAAUCGGUUAUUGGUGGCUCUUGGUGAAGAAAAGAUCUACAAUGCUCAGAAUCCCUUUGACUUCAUGGAGCGAAUAUCUCUACGGGGAAAGACUAACUUCUUUGAAAAGAAGGUUGGUGAGUACCAGAAGGCCAAUGUAGGGGUAAAGAAUGUCCAGACACAAGGGUUUGCCAUUGAUGAAGACUUUUAG